AUGACCGAACAGGCGUGUGUGUGCGUGACAUUUGGAUUCACGUUUCCUGAGCCGCUGCUCACUGCUCACUGCGUUCGUAUUUGUCCCGCUCAAACUUCGUUCUUCCUCUUCAUCCCAACUCCAACUCCUCCUCAUCCUCAUCCAGCAGCGCAGAGCCGUCGUCGUCGCACCAAGUGCAGCUCUGACCGAAUUCGAGGCCAUCACUGCUUGCAAGGCGGCUUGGUCACCUUCUCUGGCCUUCUGGUCUCUCGGUCCUCGUUAUACCCCAGUUUCGCCCUCCGUCGGUGCUGCCACAGCCCACGCCGCUGUCCUCGUCACACCAUCGCCAUCGAGACCAAGCAAAAGCCUGAAGCCUGUCGAAGCAAAUCCGAGCUCUACCUCAAAGAGCUUGACUCGGCACGUUUGCGUGGUAACUGGCUCAGCGAACAGCCAAGCCAGUCCGGCAAGCCGCUGCCUUGGAGCGAGCUUCUCCGCAAGUUUUCCAAGCACAACCCGGACAAGCCUUCCCUAGGAGCACUUGCAACGCUCGAGCACGAGCUCAAGGCUGCCUUCCACAACUUCUACGCCGACUCAAACUACACCGAUGCCUCCCAUCUGGACGACUACAAAGUGUAUCCGCAGGCGGGCGAUGCUACUCUCUUCCCACCAGUCAUGCAGCCCGGUGCAGAGGGCGUCGGCUGGUCUACACAAGGCGUCGCUCAGAUCGCCGACCGCGUCCUCGAGUACGGCGACAGCGCCAAUCGUCUCGCCGCAAUCUCUUUGCGCGCCUUGGCGUUCUUCGUGCUCGGCCGCGACGACGAGGCGGUCGACAUUUUGCAUCGCGAAAAGUUCAUGGAGUCGGCCGGCGAAUCCGCCAUCGCGCCUGAAAUGCACAACGCCGCGCUCACUGGCCUCGUCAUCCAAGGAUUCACCAUCUACGGAAUGGCCAACGAGCGACUCCUCUAUUCCAAGAACGAGCCUGGAUAUGCGCCCUUUGCGCUUGCCGGGUUCGCCAGAGCCAUCGAGUUACACGAGAUGGUGCGUGGCGGCAAAAAGGCCAAUGCGCUUCGUGGUCUGCAAGCCGACGAGAUCGAGAGGUGGGCCGAGGUGGCCCUCUACCGCAAUGCGCUCCUCUCGAUUCGCGCAGGCGAGCCCGUACAAAGCCUCAACGCCCUUCGAUCCUACCAGGCACACGCCAGUCGCUGGCACAACGAGUUCCGUCUUCCGCAGCGAAACGUCAUCCAUCGCUACUACCUGCGCGUCCUCAACCGAUCCGCCGAACUAGGCACCUACGCCGAUCCACCAGAGCUGCCUCCGCCCAGCCGCGAUGACUGGCGAAGCAAGGCGUAUCAGCUCACCGUCGUGGCCACCGUCGCCGCGCGCGUCCAGAUUCGAGACUACGAGUCGGAGCGCCUUCACCGCGACCCUGCCGCCAAGCGCAUUGCUCCUACCUUCUCUUCGCAGCGCGUCACAUCACGCACCGUCUCGACGCGCCGACCCAAGGUCUACCGCGAGCUGCGUCCUCCUUCCGUGUCGUGGUCCAAUGAGUCGCUCACAGCGCAGAAAGCCGCCUUCAACUCGCUCCAAAAGUCGACCGCGUUUCCCAAAGCGAACCACAUCAACGACGAGGUGCUCGACUUUGCUGACGAGAUGAUCAAGGCGUGGGAGAUCAACGGAGAACUCGGAGGCGAACAGGCGGACGAUGCUGCCGAGAUCUUGCAUGGCCUUGUCGAGCUCACCUUCCACUCGCAGCGCAUCGCACGCUACCUGGUCACGCUCCUCUUUGCCGCUGAGUGCUUCGAUGAAGCUAAGCGUGCUUUGCAGGCCUACGCGCAGCUUGUAGAAAAGGCGAGGGAAGCCGACGCGAGCGCCGAGACCAACGCUUCUGGCAGCAAGGCAGAAGUCAAGGAGAAUGGCGAGGCUCAGGCCGAGAAACCGCAGGAACAGCAGCAGGCCAACGGCAACAAGACGACAUCUUCAAAGGAUCACGAUAGCGAUGAGGUCUACGCAAGCACGCUCGCUCACGGUGCCUACCUCGUCGGACGUCACUGCAAUGACUUUACGCUUGCAGACAAGAUGGCCACAAAGGCGCUCGCAGUGGCUCUCGACGACAAGGGCCAGUACAAAUCUACUCUGCAGCACAACACGAUCUUGCUGGCCCGUCUGAAGCGUGUUAGCGGCUACGCCAAAGCCGGUUUGGCGAUCGAGCUAGCGGAUCCUGUGCGAAGGCCGGUUUUGCAGUCGGAGGCCCUCGCCGACCUCACCGCGGCCGUGCAGCUGGACAGCCAAUCCUCGGAGGCUUUCUACCAGCUCGCCUUCUUGCAGGCUGAGCUGCGCGAUGUACACUCUGCCUUGCAGUCGGCUCGCAAAGCGGUCGAGCUUGAGCCGGCAGACGUCGAAUCGUGGCACCUGCUGGUGCUGCUGCUGUCGGCGCAGAAAAAGUACAAGGACGCAUUCAAAAUUGCCGAAGUGGCGCUCGACGAGUGCGAAAAGGACGACAGCGGAACCAGUACAGGCGCUGCCAACGGUUCGUCACCAGCCAACUUUGCAGGCUCUCAGCUGCUGAGCGUCGACUACCCACCUCGGCCGUUGGAGAGGAACGAGUCGAUCUUGCGGCUCAUGGUGACGUACAAUGCGUUGGAAGAGCUCAACGACGGAGUCGAAAGUGCGAUUGCUGGACAAAAGGAGCUCUUCUCGUACUUCCACCGCGUGUUCCCGUACGCAGCAGCGGCAGCAGCUUCAGCCUCGGCUUCGUCAGCCGGUGGAGUUGGAGCCGGGGUGGGAGCCGACAACCCACGCACAUCCAAGGACUUGGGCGGCUUGCGACGAUAUGGCUCGCUCGCCGCGGUUGGUGGGGGUGACAACAGCAACGACACUGUGCUAGCUCGGUCGCAAACGACGGCGAGUCGAGUACGAUCGUACGCCCAGAGGUCGGCGAGCGGUGCCGGCGGCACACAGAAGAGCAACGCGGCCAUCUUGCCAGGCAUGCAGUUUGGCGGCGAAGACGACGACCUGUCGGAAUCGGGAGCUGAGCGUAAGAUGCAGCAUCUCAAGAGGCAAUCGGUCACUCUGGCCAAGAUUUGGUUACAGUCGGCGGCGAGCUUCCGACGUGCUGGUCAGCUCAAGGAGAGCCGAUCUGCGAUCCAGGAGGCUGAGCGUCUGCAGCCGGGACUGGCGGACGUGUGGGUUCAGCUGUCGCUGUACUUUGCUAAGAACGGAUCGAAUCGUCUGGCGGUGGAUUCGCUGUACAAGGCGCUGGCGUGUUCGAGCACGGACAUUGCUGCGUCGGUGCACCUGGCACGUCUCUUCCUCGCCGAUCCCGAGCUCAAGCCCAAGCGCCACGCUGAUGUCGUGCACCCAGGGCCCGCCGCCACGGCGCCGGUCGCGGUCAAGCACAACUACGAGUCGUCCGCCGAGGCGACGCUGAGCGCCAAGGCGCAGGAUCUGUCUUCGGUGAGCUUGGCCGAGGGUCUGUUGACGACCACCACCAAAGGACCGGGUUGGGACUCGAGCGAGGCCUGGCUCUUCCUGGGCCAGGCGGUGCAGAGGAGUCAAAGGGCACAGCGGGCGAGGGAAUGCUUCGAGUAUGCGCUCCAGCUGGAAAACACCAAACCUGUCCGUCCGCUUACCACUGCUUUGUUGCGAUGA